AUGUCCAAUUAUAGCUUCAAUUACUCCAACUGGGAUGACUAUUCCAUAUAUGAUCUCGAUGGCUAUGAAGUCCCUCACAGCUACCGCGCUGUCCUGGCGCUCUACGCCCUCAUCUUCCUCCUGGGCGUCUUCGGCAACGGGGCCGUCAUCUGGGUGAUCAUCUUCGAGCUGCGGCGCACGGUGAACGGCGUCUGGUUCCUCAACCUCUCCGUGGCCGACCUCCUCUGCUGCCUGGCCCUGCCCUUCCUGGCCCUGCCGCUGGCCCGUGACCACCACUGGCCGUUGGGUCACUUCGCCUGCAAACUGCUGCCCUCCCUCACCAUCCUCAACAUGUUCGCCAGCGUCCUCCUCCUGACGGCCAUCAGCGCUGACCGUUGCGCCCUGGUGACGCGGCCGGUGUGGUGCCAAAAUCACCGGACCCUGGGGCUGGUCCGGGGGGCUUGUGCGGCCGCCUGGUUCCUGGCUGGGCUCCUCACCCUUCCCUCCUUCAUCUUCCGCACCACCCGUUCUGACAUCUUCUCCGAGAAGACCACCUGCGUCCUGGACUACACGGCCAAAAUCACGGCUUGCUACAGCCUGCUGCUGGCCCGUGUCCACAGCAAGGGCUUUGCCCGCUCCCAGAAAGCCAUCAGGGUCAUCUUGGUGGUCAUCAUCAGCUUCUUCGUCUGCUGGUUGCCCUACCACGUCGUGGGGUUGAUCUUGGCCUCCACCCAUCCUCACAGCAGCUUGUUCAAGGGCGCCCUGGAAGCUGACCCCAUCGUGGCCGGUAUUGCCUACGUCAACAGCUGCGUCAACCCCAUCAUCUACGUCGUCAUGGGCCAGGACUUCAAGGACAAGUUCCAGCGUUCCUGGAGAGCCGUGCUGCGGGGCGUGCUGAGCGAUGACCCCACCAGCACCAUGGGGGACAGCAGGAUGAAGACCAAAUCCACCAUGGAUGACCACAGCGUGAGCACCACAGUGUGA